UUUGUCGACAGCACUUGCGUCCACCCUGUAUAUCCGAUGUCACGAUGCGACUGCGAAGGCGUGUUCUACAGGGUGUUCUGCGUCAGUCUGCUGGUGAUCGCUUUCACGUUUACCGUCAUUUUGACAAACGUCUUCGUUGACAUUGACAACCUGCUCAGCAAGAGGGAGAGAGAAUCAACAGAGACCGUAGGAGUAAUAGAAGACGUCACAGAUAAUGAUGAAGCUCCUACAGAAAUACCGGAAUAUUACAUUGGUGUUGACAACAACGAGAGACGAUACAGAAGUAAGAGGUCUAUAGACUCGGACAAUUACUUUCUUAGAAUAAACAACCCAAAAACGAAAAGCUAUCUAACUAAUAAGCUAGCCUCGUUAUUAGAGGCUCUAGAUGACGAAGACUCAGACGCCACAACACCGGCACCAGAAAAUGGUAAUAUCUACAUCAAAACGGUGAAACAGAAGAACAAUAUAGAAAUAAAUGAACUGCAACCGGAAAAGCAGAUGGGUGAAGAUAUUGUAUAUUUGGCGUUGCAUAAUAUGCUGCAAGGGAUUGGAAGUGUAGAUAUGAGUGAAUUGAUUGAGAAAAUAAGGACGCUGGUUAGGAAUUUCAAACGCGGCGAUGGCCAGAAAGGUACGCAUAUCAUUGAUAAUAUAAAUGAAGUUAUACUGUAG